AUGUCUAGCGCAAACGAAUUGAAAGAUCUCGGCAACAAAGCCUUUGCCGCGAAGGAUUACGAUAAAGCCAUCGACCUGUUCACCCAGGCUAUUGCUCUCGAUCCCAAGAACCAUGUGCUAUGGUCCAACCGCAGCGCUGCUAAGGCGGGCAAAAAAGAGUGGAACGCCGCUCUGCUUGACGCCGAAGAGUGCAUUGAAGUUAAUCCGAGUUGGUCGAAGGGUUUUGCGCGCAAGGGAGCCGCUCUGCACGGCGCAAGACGUUACGAUGAAGCCAUCGCAGCGUAUGAGAGCGGUCUCAAGUUGGAGGAUAGCCCUGCUUUGAGGAAAGGAUUGCAGGAGGUCCGGGAUGCGAAAGCCCAUUCAAACCCGGAUGAGCCGCUUGGGCUAGGCAAGUUCUUCUCGGAUCCUAAUAUCCUUGGGAAGCUAGCUACGAAUCCUCGUACCCAAAAGCAUCUUGCCGAUCCCUCGUUCGUACAAAAGAUUCAAGAAAUCCAAAGGAAUCCUCGAUUGGCUGACAAUGCACUGCAAGACCCUAGAAUGAUCGAUGUGCUCGGUGCCCUCAUGGGGAUCGAUAUCCAGGCAUCGACACGUCCUGAAGGCUCGGACGACAUUCCUGAAGGCAUUGAAGUUCCAACGCAGCCUACACCCUCCUCGCCACCUAAACCCUCCUCAUCAAAACCCACCCCUGCUCCUGAGCCCGCAUCAGCCCCAGCGGAGGAAGACGUCGAGAUGGAGGACGCAGAGGAAGCCCAAGCUAAGAAGACCGCAGAGGCCGCCAAGGCUGCUGGGGCUGCUGCUUAUAAGCAGAGGAAUUUCGAUGAGGCAAUUGAGAAGUUCCAGCUUGCCUGGGAUAGUUGGCCGAAGGAUCUGACAUUCCUUACCAAUCUGGGAGCUGCGCAUUUCGAAAAAGGUGACUACGACAAGGCGAUUAAGGUCUGCGAAGACGCUGUCGACGAGGGUCGCUCGCUCCGCGCCGAUUACAGACUCAUUGCGAAGGCACUCGGACGCGUCGGUUCUGCCUACCACAAGAAAGGCGAUCUCCCCUCUGCGAUCAAGUAUUACCAAAAGUCGCUUACGGAGCACCGCACACCCGACAUCCUCAACAAAUUGCGCGACAUCGAACGCGAGAAAGCUGAGCAAGACCGCAAGGCCUACAUCGAUCCCGAAAGGAGCGCAGCUUCGCGCGAAGAAGGCAAUGUCAAAUUCAAGGCCGGAGAUUUCGCAGGCGCCGUUAGGGACUACACAGAAAGUAUCAAACGCGACCCUUCGGACGCGAGGGGCUACAAUAACCGUGCUGCGGCAUACAUGAAGCUGGUCGCGUUCCCUGAAGCCCUGAAGGAUGCCAAUGAAGCUAUCAAGGUCGAUCCUAAAUUCGUCAAAGCCUAUAUUCGCAAGUCAAAUAUCCUCCAUGCCAUGCGCGAAUAUACGAAAGCUCUUGAGGCCGUCCAGGAAGCGACAGAACACGACACGGAACACCAGCAUACUAAGGAGAUUGCUCAACAGGAACUCAAAAUCCAGCAGGCCCUAUCCAGCCAGCGAGGAGAGGAGACACAAGAGGAGACAUUACAACGCGCCGUGCGAGACCCUGAAGUUGCGAGUAUCAUGAACGAUCCUGUCAUGCAGCAAAUCCUGCAACAAGCUCAGUCAGAUCCUCAAGCGCUUCAGGAUCAUAUGAAGAACCCUGUCGUCCGGCAGAAGAUUCAGAAACUCGUCAACGCUGGUAUCAUCCGAACAAGAUAA